GGCGCAAAAGCAAAAGGGCUUCACGUGUAAAGACGCGCCGUAAAAACCAUAGUGCCCGCACGUGCAACGGAAGCCCUAGCCGGUUGCUAAGUAACGUCCCAGCUCACACCCAACCAAAGGCGAAACGCUCCCUUGAUCUUCCGGACAAUCUCUCCAAGAAAGAUCCGUGGAGCGGUGGACCCAAAGAAACACACCAAAACUACCUUCUCAGUACGUGCAGACCAACUAAUACAAUAUCCACUAUCCAGAAGAAAACAUCAAUUCAUCGCAAAGGAAGCCAGCCACGUACGAGGUAGAGGUUUUUCUCGCUCUGGAAUCUGCCCCCCUCCCCCCCUCUCCCUCCCCGGGAAGCUUCUCUUUCCGAUCCAAACGUUCAAUGGAGGACGCCUACGCCAGAUCUGCCACUGAGGUCUUGGAUUUAUUCAGGGUGGACCCGGCCCAAGGUCUUAGCGAAGAUCAGGUUGCGCAACAUGCUAGACUUUAUGGCAAAAAUGUGCUGCCUGAAGAGAGAAGGGCGCCCUUCUGGAAGUUGGUUUUUAAACAGUUUGACGACUUGCUUGUUAAGAUACUGAUUGCUGCAGCACUUGUUUCAUUCAUUUUGGCUCUGAUUAAUGGAGAGACGGGCCUAACGGCGUUUUUGGAGCCUUCCGUUAUCCUGAUGAUAUUGGCUGCAAAUGCGGCAGUAGGAGUAAUAACAGAAACAAAUGCUGAAAAGGCCCUUGAGGAGCUACGUGCCUACCAAGCUGAUAUUGCAACGGUACUUCGAAAUGGUUGCUUCUCCAUACUUCCAGCAACAGAGCUUGUUCCAGGGGAUAUUGUAGAAGUUAGUGUGGGAUGCAAAGUUCCAGCUGAUAUGAGGAUGAUUGAGAUGCUAAGCAAUCAAUUGCGCGUUGAUCAGGCAAUUCUGACAGGUGAGAGCUGCUCUGUGGAAAAAGAGCUUGAAUCCACCAGAGCAACAAAUGUUGUAUACCAAGACAAGACAAAUAUUCUUUUCUCGGUAAAGAACAUAAUUUUGCAGAAUAUUGUUUUGGGUACUGUAGUGGUUGCUGGUAGGGCAAGAGCUGUUGUGGUAGGAGUUGGUACCAACACAGCAAUGGGCAGCAUACGUGAUUCAAUGUUGCAAACAGAAGAUGAAGUGACGCCAUUGAAAAAGAAGCUGGAUGAAUUUGGUACUUUUUUGGCCAAGGUUAUUGCAGGGAUUUGUAUACUGGUAUGGCUUGUAAAUAUUGGUCACUUUCGUGACCCUGCCCACGGAGGGUUCCUGCGUGGUGCAAUUCAUUACUUUAAGAUUGCAGUUGCUCUUGCAGUUGCAGCGAUUCCUGAAGGGCUUCCUGCUGUUGUUACAACAUGUUUGGCUCUUGGUACAAAGCGAAUGGCUCGGUUGAAUGCUGUUGUGCGAUCAUUGCCAUCUGUUGAGACCUUAGGCUGCACUACUGUAAUUUGCAGUGACAAGACUGGAACUCUGACUACUAAUAUGAUGUCUGUAUCAAAGAUAUGUGUGGUUCAUUCUGUGGAGCAUGGUCCUGUGAUCUCUGAAUUUGAUGUUAGUGGGACAACAUAUGCCCCAGAAGGAAUUAUUUUUGACAGCACUGGGACGCAGCUUGAUUUUCCAGCUCAGUUACCUUGUCUUCUCCACAUAGCAAUGUGUUCAGCCCUUUGUAACGAGUCUAUCUUACAAUAUAAUCCUGACAAGGGAAACUAUGAAAAAAUUGGCGAGUCAACUGAAGUAGCCCUCCGGGUUCUGGCAGAAAAGGUAGGUCUACCUGGUUUUGACUCUAUGCCUUCUGCUCUGAAUAUGCUGAGCAGGCACGAGCGUGCAUCAUACUGUAAUCAUUACUGGGAGAACCAAUUUAAAAAGAUUUCUGUUUUGGAUUUUUCUCGGGAUCGCAAAAUGAUGAGUAUCCUGUGUAGCCGAAAGCAGAAGCAAAUUAUUUUUUCUAAAGGUGCUCCAGAAAGCAUCAUUUCUAGAAGCACAAAUAUUCUGUGCAAUGAUGGCGGUCAAACUGUACCACUGACAGCUGAUAUCCGAGCUGAGCUAGAGUCAAGGUUCAACAGUUUUGCAGGAAAAGAGACAUUGAGAUGCCUUGCUCUUGCCUUGAAAUCGGUGCCCAUUGGUCAGCGGACUCUUUCCUUUGAUGAUGAGAAGGAUCUUACAUUUAUUGGGUUGGUUGGGAUGCUUGAUCCACCCAGAGAGGAAGUGAGAAAUGCUAUGCUCUCUUGCAUGACAGCUGGCAUUCGUGUUAUAGUUGUCACUGGGGAUAACAAGUCUACAGCUGAAUCACUUUGCCACAAGAUAGGUGCUUUUGAUCACCUGGUAGACUUUUCUGGGCACUCUUUCACUGCUACAGAGUUUGAAGAACUUCCAGCACUGCAGCAAACACUGGCAUUGCAACGUAUGGCACUCUUCACCAGGGUUGAACCUUCUCACAAAAGGAUGCUAGUUGAGGCAUUACAGCGUCAAAAUGAAGUGGUUGCAAUGACUGGUGAUGGCGUCAAUGAUGCUCCAGCACUGAAAAAAGCAGAUAUAGGAAUUGCCAUGGGCUCCGGAACAGCUGUUGCCAAGAGUGCUGCAGAUAUGGUUCUGGCGGAUGACAAUUUUGCCACAAUUGUAGCGGCUGUUGCAGAAGGAAGGGCCAUAUACAAUAACACAAAGCAGUUCAUCAGAUACAUGAUUUCUUCAAAUAUUGGUGAAGUAGUUUGCAUAUUUGUGGCAGCUGUACUUGGAAUACCUGAUACCCUUGCCCCUGUCCAGCUUCUCUGGGUUAAUUUGGUCACUGACGGACUUCCUGCCACUGCUAUUGGUUUUAAUAAGCAAGACUCUGAUGUGAUGAAGGCUAAACCUCGUAAGGUCAAUGAAGCUGUUGUCACUGGAUGGUUGUUCUUUCGUUAUUUGGUAAUUGGAGCUUAUGUAGGCCUUGCCACUGUUGCUGGGUUCAUAUGGUGGUUUGUUUAUGCUGAUAGUGGUCCCAAACUGCCAUACAGUGAAUUGAUGAAUUUCGACACUUGUGCAAUGAGGGAGACUACUUAUCCAUGCAGUAUAUUUGAUGAUCGGCAUCCAUCAACUGUGUCCAUGACUGUGCUCGUUGUCGUUGAGAUGUUUAAUGCUUUGAAUAACCUUAGUGAAAAUCAAUCUCUCCUUGUUAUUUCUCCCUGGAGUAACUUAUGGCUCGUUGCCUCAAUCAUCCUAACCAUGCUCCUUCAUAUACUAAUUUUGUAUGUGCAUCCACUCUCAGUCCUUUUCUCUGUAACACCACUAUCUUGGGCCGAGUGGAGGCUUGUCCUGUAUCUUUCAUUUCCUGUUAUUUUGAUUGAUGAGGUGCUGAAGUUCUUCUCUAGAAAUUCCAAUGGUGUAAGGUUCAAUUUCAGAUUUAGAAGGAAUGACUUACUUCCAAAAAGGGAAGUUCGUGAUAAGUAAGACGUUGAACCUUUUUUGCUCAAAUUUUUGCACAAAUUCAUAGUCACAAAGGAAAUAAAAUCCUUUACAUUCUUACUCCGUAUCGCCCCCGGACUUCGAACAUGAAGCACACUUCAUUCCACAUGUUAUCUACAUGUAUUUACUUUCAUCUCCCUGUAAUUUGUGACUUGUGAGCAACCUUAUCCACAAGGUGCCAUGAUAUGUUGUAGCAUAUGAAAUAGAGGGACCUUUCAAUCUUGGUUGGGCAUUUUAGGCAUCAUCUUUAAUUUAUUUGUUUACAUGUUUUAGUAGGAAGUAGUCACGAUCUGGAUAUUAGGGACCUUUUUUUUUUAUAUAUAUAUAUAAGCUCAAUUUCCAGUGCCUGUA